AUUAAACAAAAGUUUGAUUCACAUUAUUUCUUAACAAAACAAAAAUGGAUUUUGUUACUGCCAUUUCUACAGUUGGUGAUACAGAAACGGUGGCCACGGAAUUUUUCAUGGCUUUUUUGCACGCCGUGACCGCUGAUCCGGAUAACUGGAUUGUGAAGGUAUCACACCAGUUUGUUGGCCAUUGCUUCCGAGCUCUCGGCCUCAAUUUUAACGUGACCGUCGAGGAAUUCAGCCAGACUCAGGAUCAUCCGUAUCGCGAAGCAAAUUCAAACUACAUCUUUGAUCCGGUGCCAGAUGUGAUGAACAAAUUGGAUAAGUUUUUCGAUCGCCUACCCAAGUUGCUAGCCCAAAUUGCAGACCAUUUGGCCCAAUAUUCCCAAGGAUCUGUGUUCGAUGAGCUGACACAUCCAUUAUCCUGCUACCUUAGUCUGAUUAUGAAGUGGAUUAAGGUGGUGCACGCCAUGUGCAAGAACAUGCAACUCAGCAGCAGCACCGCUGUUGAUCGAUUUCUUUGCGAGCCUUUGGCCAGAAUGUCUUUCAGUUUUCUUGGCGGACUGGUUAAAUUAUUGCCCCAAUACGGAGAUUUCCAGGGCCUUAAAGGAAUUUGCCUUGCACUCACCGUGGACGUUCGCUAUGGCAUAUUCUAUCAGGAUACCUGCCAUGUGGUAGUUCCACCUAUGCUGGCCAUUUUUCGUAAGCACUACAAAACAUUCUGCGGCGCCGAACAUUACGCCCUGGACUUUGUCUACUGUAUCCUGACUGUUGUGAUGUCCGAGCCUGACAGUUAUAUCCAGGCUUAUCAGUUCUUAGAUACCAUGAUAAACCAGUUCGCCGAGAGCUCAGACCAAAGCGAAAGUCAUUACCUUCGUUUGUUUACCAAUGAGCUGAUUGAUCCCAAAUUUGUGGUGCUGCAAUUUGAAAAACUUCGUGACAGCAAUUCCAAGCAGUUGCUCUUGUCCAUCUUAAAGUAUUUGAUGACCCUCCAAAGCAAACUAGCUAGUACUGGAUGUUUUUCAAUCCGUUUUAACGAGGGCCUCCUCCAACUAGUGUUGCGAAUGCAACUAACUCAUCCCUCAGUUGCGUCGUUGACAGCCGAGCUCUAUAUGAAAAUAUCCCGGCGGAGAUAUCAGGAUAAGGAAAUAGCGCAGCACAUACUAGAGACUUACGUAAAAAUUCCAAAUAACCCACGAAAAAAUGUCAACUAUCCACAGUUUCGCAAUGAACUUACGCGCUAUUUAAAGACACUUAUUCAGCAUUUCCCUGAAUUAAAGGAGUUCGAGUUCUACGCUUGUGUUCUUACAGCACCAAAUGUUCGUAUGGAGUUGAGUCUUAUUGCUGUCCAAUCGGCAAGUAUCCUUUUUGAGCUACAUAUGGCGGAGUACUCAUUGAUACCAGAGGCUCAGGACCAGGUCAACGAAUUCCUGCGCUGUUGGCCUUAUAUCCUAAAGUGCUCAUCAAGCCAAAUUGGCACACGAUCAGUUCUCUACAAUAUAUAUGGUAUGAUCAAUUAUGUAUCUGUAGCAGAGAGAGAUGUUCAGUUGCUUAUAAACUUGGAGACUUGUUGUCUGGACAGUUUUCUUAACGAUGACACACUCAAUGAUACCGAGUUUCGUGCACUCUAUUCAAAUAUCUCACGUUCUGUGGAUGCAACAGGAAACAUACAGAUACACAAUACUGCAUCUAGGGCUAUACGAGAUGCACAAGCUAAGUUACAAGCUCAGUUGAACACGGCUUCAGCGGGUCGUGAAAUAGAGGAGGUAUUGACGGCAUAUGGCAAAAGUGUUCGUCGUCUACAUUCACUUCUUAAUGCUAACAAGCUUCAUGUUCGUCAUGUGAUGGACAUUUAUGAGCCUCUUGCUAAACUUGCACUUAAAAGACGAACACACAAUGACUACAUAAAUCUUUAUGGCUCUGAGAGCUUGGCUUUAAUGCUAGUCUUGUUACACAGUGAGGUCAAAGAUCCGAACAACGAAUUGGGCACAAAGAUAUCCGCUGUAGUUCAGGAACUACAAGACUUUUGCGUUCAAGAAUUGUCAAGUGCAAAUGUAGACCUAAAGAGAGCAAAGUUUUAUGUUUGCUCUAUACUCAUAAUCCAUAUCAGCCAGCUGCCAUAUUCAAACUUUGAUACGGCUAUCUAUGAUACUAUUAUAGAGAUAUUAACCACACCGAUCCAGGAAUCGCAUCCUGAAAGUUCUAUGCUAUCCAGUUCUUAUGCUUUCGAUAUGCACUUUAUGUUUCGCCAACUGAUCAAAACAGAGCAAGUGGUACUUCCAAACAAUCGAAUCUGGAAGGUAUUCUUGCAAUACAAAAUGCCUGCAACUUCGUCAAAAUAUCCAGACUCCGAGAUCGAGAAGCUUAUAGUUGACCUCUUAGAAUGUCGUAUUGAAAGCUAUGUCCAUUGUCUACCGGUAAUUCAAUUGCAUAUUUUCAACGAUGACAACCUCAAGAAGAAAGGUUCAGCAGCCCUUACUGCCCACCUUGGACUCAUAGAUAAGAACUCAAGUGCUUUGGAUUCAUGGCUGCUGUGUUAUAUAAUAUUUCAAGAUUCGCUCAAUCUCUUGAUAAAAAAUAUGAGAGUUAGGCGAUUGGAGGUGACUAGUACACGUCAACGGAAUCGUCUCCUGCCACUGCAGCAUCUCUUAGUUCUUGUAGGCAAUUUGCGUCUUCAGGAAUGGCACUUUAUGAGCAUGGCUAAGAUGGUACUCACUUUGAAGGAAGAGGCGGUUGGAACCCAUGAGACUUCUGAAAUCGAGAGCUUCAUUACUCAGAUCAGUAAAUUGAAAUAUCAGGCAGAGGAUGAAUACUUGGAGGCUACUAAUACCGAUAAUUUCGAGGGUAGACUAAAGCCAUUGCCUCCAGGUCCCUUGAAUUUUUGGCAAAAUAAAACUCUUCAGGAUUUCAGGGCACAGCUUAAUCGCCCAUCAAUUACUUUCUCAUAAUUAACAUACUAUAUUUAUGUCAACAGAUUUUUCAAAAGUCAUGAAAACUAUGUUAAUAUUUUAUAUUAUU